AUGCCCAGCCAAGAUCGUGUUCCUUACGUUGAUGGUCUUACUGAAGGCCAAGGUUACAACACCUUUCUCCAAAAUGGCUGUAUGCAUGGGGCUGUGUCUAUAAAAAGAAAACAGAACCAGGCAGAAACAGUCACUCCUGUUGAAGUUACAUACGAAGCUGACCUGGUCACUGAUUAUGAGAAACUUGUCGACACUCUUGGCAUUAGCGCUGGCGCGGGUAUCUCCAAGAUGGAGAUUGGGGGGGAGAUUGAUGCCAAGUUUCUUGAUCGUACAGAAAUGGAAGCGAGUUUCCUGACAUAUCUGGUCAGGGUGGACGUUCGACAACAGCCAGGUACCUCUUCUGAGUAUAGCUUCAACUGGACAUCGCCAGCAAACCCACAUGACGUUUAUGGGGAUCGCUUCAUCAGCGAUUUUGUAAAGGGCGGUGCACUCUUCGCCCGAGUUUCCAUCAUCACCAAAGACACCAGUGUGCACAAAGAGAUCGAGGAAGCUGCCAAAGUUACAUUCCCGGUUUAUGGAAUCGAUGUCAAAGUAACAGAAGAAAUUAAACAAAGCAUUGACAAGAUCCACAAACACUCAGAAGUGAAUAUAUAUCUACAUUAUGUUGGAACUCCUCCGCAUUACUUUGUCACACUUGCGGCGGGUGACGAUGAAAAUUUGCUAGCACUCAAGCAAACAGCAGACAAGUUUCUUAAAGAUGCAGAAAGUCAUGAGUGGAAGCGAUUCGCAAUGCUCGAGAAAUAUAACAAUAUUCCCGAUUGGGGACAGAAGUUUACUCCUUUGAACUAUUCCCAGGCAAUGGACUUGAGCUGGUCGGUUUUUGAUGAUUUUACUCAGUAUUUUGCCAUACAAAAAACUAUCCGCCAAAUCAACCCGGAGCAUUACAAAGGCGGCAGGGAGCAGCGAGAUAAACUGGACCAGCACUCAAGUGCCGUCAUUGGAGGUUAUAGAAGCUGGGUUGUGGAUGUCAGUGCAGACCCCGAAAAAGCUAAGGAAAAGCCGCCGUUCGACUAUCCAAAAGUCUUUCUCCAAGAAGUGUUGGCUGCAGUUCAGAGCACACACUUUAUCGCUCAGAGCCUUCACUUCUCUUCUGGCAAAAGGACUCACUUCAUUGACGAUCACCUUCACCCCAAUGCUAAAAAGCUAUUCGACGUAGAAGCAUAUAGCUUUGGGGACGUCAUUGGCAUAACUAACGUCAUAUUUGCAAAGAAGAAUUCAGAGGAUACAUUCAUAUGCCUGAUUGGUCGUGGAAUAUCUCCUGGAUACGAAGAAAUGAGUCGCUUAUGGGUUUCCGAAAACAGAGUCGAGGGAGUAUUCGACCAAAAGAUAAAUGUUUACGGUGCGGAUGGAGCAGGAUAUAUUGAGCUUGAGUUGGAGGAAGUAGAAGGCCAAAACUCUAGUGACCUUCUCUUCAGUUUCUAUGCCAGAAAGGCUAACUGA